CUUGUUACCAGGAUCGGUUCGGCGCGACUUCGGUGUACCGAAUUCGAAGUUUUCCAUCAUUUUUAUUCCGAGAUCGGUUUUGAAAAGUACCAUUUUGAAAAAAAUGUCUUAACAUUUUCAGUUUGAUAUCGUGCAUUGAGUUUCGUUAAUAGUUUUUAUAAAUUAAAAAUUACUACCUCGUAUUUUUUUCGUUAUUUUGAAUUGUGUAACGUGCGGUAACGGCUAGUUGCCAAACGCGCAUUUAUAGUGCGGCAUACCACUAGGACUAAUUUAUUUUUUUCCAACUUGAUUUACAAAAUAUCACUAAUCGGCAUUCACAAGCAACCGAUUGCUGUAUGAGUAAAGGCCGCGGUAAUGCGGUGUCUGGCAGCCGGAUAUGAGGAACGGCGGCGACGGCGGUGGCGUUGUUGCGGUGGCGUCCAGAUACCGGUGGAGGUGUACGUUGACGUUGAUUGUGUGCAUGAUGGUGGCUGUCAGCGUGGAGGGCUGCGGCCCGUUGCGCGGCCCGUCCAAGUUCCGGAACCCGCGAAAGAUGAAGCCGCUGGUGUUUCAGCAACACGAGCCCAACGUCAGCGAGUACUCAAUCACCGCCAGCGGACCACCAGAGGGUCGAGUCCAGCGCAACGACUCCAGGUUCAUGGAGCUAGUACCCAACUACAACGCGGACAUCGAGUUCAAAGACGACGAGGGCACAGGUGCCGAUCGACUGAUGACGCAGAGGUGUAAAGAGAAGCUGAACACCUUAGCCAUCAGCGUUAUGAACUUAUGGCCGAACGUUCGACUGCGGGUGAUUGACGGAUGGGUGGACCGGGCCGGUAGCAGCCUGCACAACGAAGGGCGGGCGGUAGACAUCACCACGUCAGACAGGGAUAAGUCCAAGUAUGGCAUGUUAGCCCGACUGGCCGUAGAAGCAGGAUUCGAUUGGGUCAAUUACAAUCGUCGGUACAUUCAUUGCUCUUGUAAAUCAGAGACGAAAAUCAACACGAGGACGAUGGGCUGUUUCCCUGGCGACAGCGUCGUGACGACGGGCGCGGGCGUGAAGAAACGGAUGAAGGACCUCCGGGUCGGCGAGUCGGUGCUGGCGCUGUCCGACGACGGAAAGCUCCGACCUAGCGAGGUCCUGUUGUUCCUGGACCGGAGCGAGACGGCCCGGACCGAGUACGUGACGCUGGUGACGGACGCGGGCAAGUCGAUAACGGCGACGCCCACGCACCUGGUGCUCCGGUGGGAGAAACCGGAACGGUCACAGAUCCGGCACGCGCAUCCGGUGUACGCGAAAAGCGUGCGCGUCAACGACACGCUGCUGACGGUGAUCGACGGCAACGGCGGCAAGAUGCGAUUGCGCACGGAGCGCGUGGUCGCCGUCAGCCGCACCGAGAAGGUCGGACUUUACGCGCCGCUCACGGUGGACGGCACCGUGGUCGUGGACGACGUCGUGGCGUCGUGUUACGCCGUCAUCGACAGCCAGUGGCUGGCGCACCUGGCGUUCCUGCCCGUCCGCGCGGUGGCCGCGGCCCGGGCGUCGCUGUACGGCCUCGUCUGGCGGCUGGGCCAUCCGCUGCACGACGCGCCGUCGCAGCCGCCGUCACGGGCGGUCGACGCGGUACAACCCGCCGACGGCAUACACUGGUACCCGCGGAUGCUGUACGCCAUAUCCGACUACGCAAUACCCGCCAGUUGGAUGGACACGCACUGAUCGAUCGUCCUCGCACUUCACAUAACAAUAAUACAUUAUAUAAUAUGUUUUUUUAGCUGUUGUGAUUAUCAUUUUUAUUAUUAAUAUUUAUUUUAUACAUAUUAUUAUUGAUGUAUAUAUAUAUAUGUAAUAUUCUACUACGUUAGACGUUGUCGUACCAUACCCGCGGUGUGGAGGUGGGAUUUAGGUCUUUUUUCCGUUUUCGCGUCCAUUGUCGUUGCGUCGUGUACUUAACAACGGUCAGUCGCGACGUUCCGAGGCCCGCGACACGAUUUUAUUAAUAUAUGUUGUGUAUAACCCUAAAAGUGCCUUCAACUGAAUUGUAUGCCAAAAAUUAUUGAACUUUUAUAUUUUUUUUCGCCUUUGUACAUGUUACUGUGUGUGUGUGUGUGUAUAUAUGUAUAUAGUUUAUCGUAGGUAUUUUAAAAUUAUUUAUUAACGGUGUAGUGUUUCUCACACGUAGGUAAUCGCGGGAAACACGCGCACAAUUUAGCACAAUGUCAUAUUAUUAUGCGGACAUCAUAGAGAUCGUAUAUAGUACUUAUAUAUUGUUUAAGUAUAUUCGUAUUGCUAUUAUCACUAGCUGUGCGCUGUGCGCCGUCCAGUACAGUUUGUUCAAACGCGCCUAUAUGUACUGACGGGUUCGAACAUAUAAUAUUGUAACGGAACAUGUUUGAGAAAGUUCCCAACCCAUCAAAACUUCUUUGAACGUGCGUUAUGUAUAACUUGUAAAACGGCGUAGACUUUAAUUCCUCAAUAAUGUUAUUUAGCGACAUACGUACCUAUGUUUAUAAGACGUGUCUGGAAUGUAAUCGAAUAUCACACACCGGGUUUUUAGUCCUUUUUUUUAUUUUGUUCUAGUGAUUUUUUUUUUUUUAUCGAAUCCAAUUGGAAACUAUGAUAAAAAUGUAAUUUCUACAAAUAAACAGUACUAGUUAAUAAUUAUAUUUAUUGUAAAAUUGUUUUAUUUUUACCUUUUGUACGUGGCAUUCACUAUAUAUUGUCGUAUAAACGGACGCAUUGUUAUUUAUAUUACACAUUGUAUGUAUACGUGUAAAUUGUUUUGUAUUAUAUGAAUAUUUAUUUUUAUAGCUCCUUCAAAAUCGUAGGUUCGUUUACAAAAUAUUAUAAUUUUUAA